GGAUGAAUCUAAAGUUUUUGUUGAUAUAAAUAGAAACAAGACUAAGGGAGAAAUUAGAAGAAAAAAAAAUAUCUAUAAAAAAACAAGAAGGAAAAAUCAUGAUAAUAAAAAGGAUAGAGCUGUGUAUAGAGCUUACGAAGAUGGGAAUGGAGUUCGUCGCAGUAGUGGCUGAAGCCGUCCAGAUUGUCUGGCGGCAACACCUCAACCAUCGUACUCCUCUCCCUCCUCUCCCUCUCCUCCGCCAGGGCAUCUCCCCUUCUUAUCAUGCUCCAUAUCUCUUUGGAUUUCUCCCUUGAUUUUUUUGUUUGUUUUAUUCUUUUAUGAAAUCAUUUUGCUUCUUUCUCUUACUUUUCCUAGAACUGUAUUUGUAAUUUUGUUGAUUUCGUAAAUCUGUAAAUUACUUUUUCAAUAAGAUUUGCAAUUUUCUGUCGAGUA